GAAAUAGAGAAAACGGAAAAAACCGAAAGGGAUAAAGUUGCAGAUCCAUUAAAAAAUAAUGUUUUUGGAAAACAACCAAAUGGAAAAGAUGAUAAAAAUCAUAUCAUAUAUUAUGAUGGAAAAACAAAUUUCAAGCAAAUAGUUAAUGACAGAGAACCAUGGGUACCGGGCGGUUGUGAAAGAACUUCUUAUUGUAUUUAUUAUAAUGAAGAAGGAACGGAAACAGAAACUUUACAGCUUAUUGUUGGUGGAUCAACCGUUCAAAUUUGGCAUGAAAUAAAAGAUGAUAGUAAAAAAGAAGAUGAACUUCCUAAUAAAGGAGAAGCCUUUCUUGAAUAUAUAUGGUCAAAUCGUAUUCCAGUAAAGCAAGAAGGAAAGAAAACGAGAUUAAGAAUUGAAAAGUUUGAAUAUGGACCAAAUUAUGGAUCAAAAAGUAAAAUAAAUGAUUUUUAUUUAAAGGUUUAUUGGUUUGAAAGAAGUUAUAGUUCAAAACCAGAAGAACAUAAAAAAAUGACAGAGCAAGAAAUAAUAAAGGAAGAAGACGAUGAUAUAGAUCGUAUAGAAAAAGAAUUAAAACAGAUUAAUAGUAAAGAUAAUGACCUAAACGAAGAAGAGAAAGAGAAAAAAAGACAAGAAAUAAUAAAUAAUUGUGUAAAGGUAAAAAUACGAGAAAAAGUAAUUCAAGGAAAAGAUGUUAUUAAAAAAUCUCAUGCAGCAAGACACGCUUGCAAAGCAUUAGAACAUAUAAGAAAACGUUAUAAAAGUAAAAUCGAUGCGGAUAAUUAUAAAGUAAGUUAA